AAAUCAUGAACCCUGAAUUUGAUGAUCAGGAUCAAUUUGUACUCCUCUCCCAGUACUAUCCUGACGGCUUAUUCACACAGUUUCCCCCCACCCCACAACAACAACAAGAUGCAGCAGGCAGCAACCCGAAGCCCCGGAGGAGAAGGCGCAAGAGCAAGUUGGGAGAUGAUGACGUGUCAGCAGUGGCCCGCAAGAGGAAAUUGAGCGAAGAACAAGUUCAGAUGCUGGAGAUGAGCUUCGGGAACGAGCACAAGCUCGAGUCCGAGAGAAAGGACAGGCUGGCUGCUGAGCUGGGCCUCGACCCUCGCCAGGUGGCAGUCUGGUUCCAGAACAGGCGCGCCCGCUGGAAGAGCAAGAAGCUCGAGGAAGAGUAUGCUAAGCUCAAGUCACAGCACGACUCGGCCGUCCUCGAGAAAUGCCGCCUCGAGUCCCAACUAAUGAAGCUGAAGGAACAACUGGACGAAGCGGAGAAGGAGAUACAGAGGCUAUCUGAGAGGUCAGAUGGGUUUUCUAGUAACAGCCCGUCAUCGUCGUUUUCGAUGGAGCCGCCUUUUCUUGGUGAAUUUGGAAUGGAAGGUUUGGAGAAUAUGAUUCCUCAGAAUAAUAAUGCCUAUGCUAAUGCCUCUGAAUGGGGUAGUCUCUACUGGUCAAACAAUUAUUAGGGUUAAUUAAUUUGGGAGGAUUUCAUAUAUAUGUAGAUAAAUAGUUGUAUUAAAUUGGGCUUUUAAUUUUAGGUGUGUUAAUUGUGUUUAAUUAAGGGUAGUGAUUGCCAAUUAUCAGAUAGUAAUUAAUUGUGGAAUGUUAAUUAUUAGCUAGCUUGGUAUUGUGUACUUUGUUGGUGCUUUUAUUCUCUUUGUUUUUUAGCACACAUUGUGGUUUAAAAAUGUAAGAGAUGGGGACUAAUCAAUUCUCAGUAUACAUCGAAUGGGGCUG